AUGGAUGAGCCGAUUUUAUAUGAUGAUAUAGAUGCAAUAGUCCUUGGCGAUGGAUCUGAAGAAUUUCUACUUCGAAUGUUCAGAAGAAAUCCAGACUCUUAUCAAGUCAAUGAAUAUGGCUCAAUUCGUCAAGUCACGCGUAUAGUGAGCACUGACAAGCUCUGAAUACACUUUAACUUUUGGUUCGUCACUGAAAGCACAUUUGAGCAUGUUUUAAAUCUAAUUCAAGAAGACUGCUAUUUAGGAAUUAUUACUUAUUUAGUAGACGAUAUAGCCAGUUUUCACAAAGCUAGAGAAUUAUAUGACAAAUAUUUACAAGACAGCAUGCUGCCAUCAAAAGAGCUUCCUCACAAAAUAUCAAGAGUUCCUGCUUAUCCAGUCAUAAAUGAUGAGCUCAAUACAAUUAAUUUAUGAUAUGAAAUCGAGCCAAGCAUUAAUUUAGGGGCUGGGAUCAUGGUAGCAAUAGGAUCUGAAAGAAAAACUAUAGCCUAUCCCUGCUUUGUAUAAGGCUUGCCUGACGUCGGGAGAAGUUGACAAGCCAACGCUUGCUGGCAAAGUCAAUUCCCCAUCUGGCAUCUCCCGACGUUCAACAAGCCUAAUCUAAAGCAGAGAUCAGGCUAUACUGCAAUAAUGAAAGAAAGAAACCAUGAUUUAUUGAAAAAUGUGAAAUUUGUGUGCGCUAGUGAUGAGAGUCCGUUUUUGGAAGAAAAAGAAAGUAUUUAUUUAUGGAUGUUUGAGAAUUAUAAGAAAAAAUCAAGGAAGCUGAAAGUUGCAGAUGAGCUUAUAGCAGAGUUAAAAAUAGGGCUAAGAGGAAAUAAAUCAGGGUGCAAUAUUAUAUAA